AUGGCCAAAGAGCCAGAUGGUAAGGUGCAGCUAUUGGACGGUACGGAGCUGCCUUACGAGAUACUCGGUGGCAGCGACAGAUGCCCCUUGAUUUGGGGACAUGGCUUGGGGCCCACGGAUCCACGUGGCAUGGAUCAUCGGGCAUGUGAGAGUUUUCCUUUGGUCAAGGAGAUGAUGCAGGAAGAUGUGGACAAAGGUAAGGGCACAUGGCCUUUCAGCACCGUGGUGUACGAUGCGAGGGGUCAUGGACGGUCUUCUGGCUGGGAACCCCUAGCAAGCUGCAUUCAACAGUUUCACUGGCGCAGCCUAGCCUUUGACAUGUUGUCGGUGGCAAGCAAUUUUCAGACCCCCGCGACCCAGAAGCUACGCGGAGCUCUUCUCGGCGGGUAUAGCAUGGGAGCUUCCACGGCGUUGUGGGCGGCAUAUCUGUGUCCAACAGCCGUUCGUGGAUUGGUGUUGUUGUCCGUAACUACAGCAUGGGAGAUCCGGGCUGCGCGGCGAGCCAACUUGUUGAACAACGCCGAUGUCUUGCAAGCCAGUGAUCCCGCUGCCUCGGAAGUGGUCAGGGGCGCUGCCUUCUCGGAUUUGCCCCCGCUGGACGACUUGGCUGCUGCAAAGCUCCGCAUUCCAGUUUUGCUGUGUGCGGCUCGUGAUGAUACGACACAUCCCGCAGAAGUAGCGGAGAGGUUAUCGCGGGUGCUCCCGAAUGCAGACGUAUUUUUGAAGGACACGAAGACGGAACUCGCCCAAGAGUUUCCUCAACAUCUUCGCUCAUGGCUGCAACAGCACUUUCAAGACAAAGUCACAUUUGAAGAGUCCUUCCUCGGGAAUUUGUUCAAUUGGACAUCUCCACCUGCUGACUCUGGGUGUGGUGCACGUGGGUCUGGAUCUACGCCUCCCCCCAGCUACAGCUUUGAGAAGCUUCAGCAGUUGUACAACCGAUUAGCGCAAUUCCGAGAAAGCGACCUCGAAAAAAGUGGAGAAGGGGACGCUCUCAUAGAGACGGUCAGGCAAAUAACGGAGGCGCUCAUCUGGGGCGAGCAAGCAAAUCACAGCCAGUUCUUUGACUUCUUUUGCGAGAAGAGCAUUUUCUCAGACCUGGUGCACGUCCUCGGCUUGAAGAAAGCAUCGAAGAAGGUGAAACUGCAGUUGCUGCAGACUCUGUCGAUGCUCAUUCAGAACAUUCACCGCCAAACGUCCGUGUACUACAUUUUGAGCAACAAUCACGUGAAUAAGCUCAUGUCAACAAACAUGGACUUUGACGAUGAGGAGGUUCUCGCGUAUUAUAUCACUCUUAUGAAGUCCUUGGCCAUGCGCCUGGAUAACGAAUCCAUAAAGUUCUUCUUUAUUCAGCACCCUGAGCCGUCGUUUCCCCUCUACAUUGAAGCAACCAAAUUCUUCAGCCAUCGCGAUCACAUGGUCCGGGCAACGGUGAGGACAAUCACCUUGCAGGUCUACAAAAUCGAAGACCAGCCAAUGCGCCGAUUUGUUCUUCGACACGCAGCAGAGUCUUAUUUCAGCCAGCUGGCGUAUCACUUGCAAGACCUGUGGUUGCGCCUCGAUGCCGCCGCCGCGAAAGCGACUGGCGAGGACAAUCUAUCUCAGGUACAGCGUGAGAACGAACUGCAGCAGGACCUCCAAAUCUAUUUGUCCGAUGUUUUUGAACUGGGUAUAGAGGAGCUUAAUGAGGUCCUUGCAGAUCGAUUGCUUAAUGCAGCCAUCCUGCCUGUUCUGCUGGCUGGAUUGACCACUUCGUCGUCCCAGCGAAUUGGUGGUGCAGCACGAACCUUGGCGCCCCAUGUGUCGUUGUUCCUCGUCCGGCAGGUUCUCGACACCUUCCACUGCCCGGUUCUACUGGAGCCAAUGGCACAAGCGCUUCUGUGGUCUUCUGUUCCUGCCGCCUUGGCAUAUGCACCUUGA